AAUCCUAGUGUAAAGGCACGCCAGUAAGACCGAUCCACUGGAUUUUAACUUGAAAGUGAAAGUGAGUCAAACGAAAAUAUCUACCAUGGAGGUGAUGGAGGAAGGCAAUCUUAUGGACAGAAUUCCAAUUCUGCUCCAGCGAGAUUUGCAGUACUACGAGGCCAACCAAAAAGUUCUCCAGGAGAAUAUCUGUCCUGGUGUUGUAGGUGGCAAGCUGGAUUUUCCGCGCUCAGCUUCCUUCGCGUCGGUGAAGAUAGUAGUCUGGCUGGAGGAUGAAUAUUUCGCAGCCUAUCGGAAAUACUCUGGCUUGCUACAUCUAAGUGACGUCCUCCAGGAUCAUCAUGGCAAGGACAGUGACGAAGCGGCCGGGUGUGGCGGUAUAGUUAAGUCUUCGGAUCCGGAGAAGUUUGUCCUGCUGGUGGUCAAAUCGGUGGACAAUCUGCUGGAACAUCUCCACACUUUGUCACAGGAAGCUUUGGAUCAUGCCGACCUCACUGUGCUGACGGCCACGAUCGGUGCGGCAGCUUUAGUCAAAAACAGUCUCUUUGUUUGGCUCGGAUGCGUUACGAAAAAUGUUUGUCCGCCGAAGGGUGACGAGAAGGGUGGUUCGCUGAAGAUGAGCUACAAGCAGUAUUCCGAGAUGACGGAAGCGCUGGCUGAACGUUUACUCGAUCUUCACUGCCGUUUGCUUACGCUUUAUAUCAUUCAGGACUCCGACUGUCUACAUUGGGAAAGUCAGCAUCCAUUUUUCGAAUCCGAGCGUGGUUCGUACACUAUUCAAAUGUGGUGGCUUUAUAUGCAAGGUACAAAACAGGAUUUAUGGAACUCGGUACCCCCAACGAUGGCACAGCGGGUUUUCGCUGGAAUGCUGAACGAAACUCUUACCGUUCUUACUGUUCGCUAUACCCAGACCGUUCCGAGUCGUGCUCGCUCAAUGCUUCUUUUGGUGGACAUUUCAAAUAUCUUGCUCUGCGUUGGCGAGCUUCUGCCGGCUAUCUGUGAAAAUGGAGAGGCCUUCGUUGGACUCAACAUAACCAGCCAGAGCAAGAUCAUUCGAGACAUCCACUCGAAGUGCCAUGAACUUUUUUGCUGCCUGUUGCUACGAGGUGUCCCCUUGGGUGUUCUCUACAAGAUCACCAAGAAAGGAGUCAACUCGAUCGCUAUGUUUAAUCAGCGUCAGGGGCUUAUUACACCUUGGACCAUUUUCGUUAUGCCAAAGUUGUUUCCUGUCAAUCAGAAUGGUCAUUGGGCUACGCGUUGCUCUGAACUUCCAACGAAUACGGCACUUUCGUUGGAGUUGAAGGUCCUGCUGGCGGCUCCCCAGGCCAACUGGUGGUUGCUACUGAAGGUUCUUCUUAUGCGCGACGCUCAUCUGUCAUCGAUGAUUUUUCAUCAUUUGAUCAGGAAUUUGCCAUCGUGCGAUAAUUUCAUAACAAGUUCGAAACAACCAUCCAUCAAUCGGGAGAGUAUGUCGAAGAAAUGCGAAGGUUUCCUCUGUGGUUUGGAAUGUAACGAUAUCGUUCAGUGGUCACUGGAACAGCAAGACCCGAUUGGUCAAACCAACUACCAAGUGCUGAUGGGUUUAACCUACAUCGUCAUCAUGGCUGGUAAAACAUCCGACGUUAACAAAACGCUGAUUUCUGCCUUGGAGAAGAGUAAAAUGAACGAUUGGGCAUCCUGCUUGGAUCGCCGACAGGUUUGGAACCAGAAGCGUCCACCGUGGCUGGAAGCCAUACUGCAUCUUAUCUACCCAAUACUGGAGCCGAUCAUUGUUAUGCUUGUUUCGGCUGUACAAACAACAGCUAGCGUUUACCAGGCAAUGUCACUCUCCUUGUCUUGCUUUUCGGAAAUGUGGGAUUGCAUGCCUGACUGUCUAUAUACAGUGAUUACUUGCCUGACGGAGAUUCUACCCGCUGAGAUUCGACCGCUUGGUAAUUCAGUACUUAUUCAGCUGUUAUAUAUGGCCCUGUAUUCGAAGUUGUUAGAAGCAGCUGAGAGUGAAACUGAAGCCGAGUUGAAAGAAGCUAAAGAACCAAAAGAAGCUCAACCCUCCACUUCGGCAGAAGGUUUCGUUUCCACCGUUAACAUCAAACCGAAAUCAGUAAUCUGCCAAACUUUGGCCGAGGCGAUCUGUUUCAUAGAUGAGGAUAAUAAGCACACCGAACAGAUUAAUACAUUGAUCAAUCAAGCCCGGGAAAGUCAACGAGCAGCGAAUACAUUGGACAAUGAAAUGGAAGAAGCGGUCGGAUUGAGUUUUGCGAGUACUUCGAAGAUUGAAGAAUUAGAUGCUUACAUCCACAAUACACCGAGUGUUCGUUCGGAGGAGGAGUUUGACGUCGAGAAUGCGGAAUACAUUGCAGAAAUGCUGGUGAGUGACAUACUAGUAACGGGCGUUGGCAAGCUGAGCAUGAAGAUGAUCUAUCAAUAUAUUCGGAAAAAUUUCGAAUGGAUAUUGCAGCAGUUGGGCGUUAGCGAUGUAGAGGUUAAUCCACUCCAGCAAAGUCCAGGGCAAAGUAUAAAGGAGAAACAGCAGACGUUGAUUGAUGUUAUGUUUCACAUUGGAAAUCAAUCGUUCGAUCAGCUACUCAGUGGUCAGCUGGACAUUGAUUACAACAGCUGGUUCCAAACGCCCAUGUCGAUGAGCGCGGAAAAGGCUUGGCUGCAGGUGUGCCAGCGCUGGGAGUUUCAACCUACGGCGAAGCUGUCCGUUCACGAGGCGCUGAUGGUUUCCUUCAUUACGGCCCAGUUGAAACCGUAAAAGGUAAUACUAAUUGAGCAGAAAUUUUCAUUAGUUUAGAUAUGUUAUUCAUUAAGCAGGGUGUGCAAAAUAUGCAUGUCUAUCAUUACCAUACUAUACUGGAUGUUAGGUAAAAUCAGUCAUAAAAAAUCAUGCGACAAAGACGCAGAAUUUAGGGUAGAAUAAAAUUAGUAACAACUGUCUGACCUCUCAGAUUAACGUAAAAAUUUAUUUAUCGUCCACAAUUUUUCAUAUGGCUAUCGGCAGAACCAUCAAUGGGAAUAGUUCGACUUGAAGCUGGUGGAUGGUUCUUGGAUUAAAAUUCGGUUGAACAGGAAUUCUAAUCCGAAACCUGCAAUUAGCUCUGCCAAUGGUAGAUGGACUUCUCGUGAUGGCUGCUGGGUCUCAUUAUACCUAGAGCGUAGUUGAUUCGUCCCACACCUUGAUCCAGUAGAACAUUGUAAUUCACCUUUUCAAACGUCCCAAUAAUAGUGGCAGAUUUCUAUAUCCAGGUUUUGGCGUUCUUGUUGAUCUUGGUGUAUACCAUUGCUACAGUAGUUAGAGUUGUGACAGAAAGUGACCAAAGUUGACUUUGCUUGGGCUUGAUGUAUUUCCGUAUGACGAAACAAAUUAAGAGUAGUCGUCAUUGGUAACGUUUUCCCCGUCUGUAAAUUUCCGCGGUCAACGCUUGAAGGUGUCCACUGUUUACAAUUUGUUUCGCCUGCCCGUUAGACAGGGGAUGGUAGGAAGCGGUACGAAUGUGAAUGAUUCCGGAUUUUUCACAGGACUGCUUGAAUAUGGUACUGUAAAUUUUGCUUCUGUAUCCGUAACCAUUGCAUCAGGUUUUCCAAAUCUUGCCGAAUUCUUUUUCAAGAAUUCUAUUUUCAAUGGCACGGUUGAUUAAGAAGUUUGGAAGAAUCAACGAUGUCCAGAUCGUACUUUUUCUUGAUUGGUCCGGAGGAGUCCAAAUGAAUCUGUUUCCAACAACCUUCUGUUUUCGGCUACGGUUGUGGCUGAAGUUAGGGUGGCAAUUUUGUUCAUAUUUCUGGAUAUUUUCAUCGAUCGCGAUGAAUCUACUUCAGUAUUCUGCCACAAAAAGCCUCAAAAAGUCUUGGAUCAGUGAUUUGUUUGACUGCUGGCCAACCAGUGAUGAUGUGCUGGAUAUCCGUCUGAAGCAGCUUGUCUUUCGAAUCAUUUCGAAUGUGACUGAAAAAUUACUAAGCGAAUCACAUUAGGCGUUGUCCAAUUCUUCUUCAAUGACGACCGCAGCAACUACGAAUUUUUCAUCAGGCUUCUCGUGUUUGUUGAUCAAUCGUGAUAUGACGUUUCAAUAUCCGAACUGGUCAGUUGAGACAUAUUCCACGUCGAAGUCAAACCCAAAUCAGUGUUCUUGAAGCGUUAGCGAUGGUUUUGAUUUGUCCAUCUGAAAACUAAUACAUGAUAAUGGCACCUAUUUCUGUCUUCGAGGCAUCCCCUGCUACGACGAUGUUGCGAAGCAAGUUUGUAGUGAGUAGGUAACAAAUCCGUCUGACUUCCUGAUACCGUGCAUUUACGAUUUUAUCACGGUCAAAAAAAAAUGGGCGUGAAUUUGGCGAAACCGUGAAUUUUUUUGUUUCGGAUUUAAUUGAAAUUUAUGAUAUUUUGAGUAAAAUGAUGCACUUGCAUAGUUGAAUGGAAUAUAAGUUCGAGAUACAAAUGAAUAAACAAGAAAAGGUUAGUUUUUGAUAUUUUCUCCAUUGAAUUUUCGCGGACUUUUUCAUGGAAAUUAUACAUGCAAUAUCAAUAUAAUUUGUACUGCUCAUUAUUUAGCAUAGCUAGCAGAGUCUAACGCUUGUUUAUGUGAAAUUGUGGAACCGCUAGAUUUGAUAAUUUUUAAAACCACGCUAUAUGAGGAAUUUUUAAGUUUUUAACAGAUCUUCUUUAUCAACUGCUCGAAUAAUACGUAAUAUUUGCUUCAAAGUCAAUGAAAUACGUAUUUCACGGUUCAUUUUUCUCAUAAUUAUGACACGAAUUAUUUGUGACAGAUAUGACACUUGGUUGCUUCAGAAAAUUGAUCAACUAAAUUGAGUUCAUGAAACUAUACACAUGCAAGGACACAAGGCACACAUGAAAAUGAUGUUUCGAAUACAUUUUCUUCAACUGGAAGUACAUUAUUCUUGAUUUAAAGUUUUUAAAAAAAACGUGAUAAAAACGAAUAAAAACCGUGAGAAAAUCGAGCGUGAUGUUGGCGAGUAGUGAUAAAAACGACUGUUGAUAAAAGCGAAAAAGAUUUGUGAAGAAAAAAAAAAGCGAAAAAGCACUGUAUUACCGGAAGAUUGCUCGGGGAAACUCCCCAGAAAGGUUCUGGGCCAACAAAGUUAGUAGAUGACCCUAGUAAGGCUAGUAAGUCGGCCUUUUCGUUUCCUUCGAUUCCACAAUGACCAGGAACCCAGUAUAAGUUAACCUGGUUUUUCAUAGCUAACUUUUGGAGCGACAGGAUAUGUAUACUGACGAGAUUAUAUUUUUUUUUGAUGUCCCAGCACACUUCCCGAGUGUUCCAGUGGUAGAAGCUAUAAAUCUUUUAAAAGAUUGGCUUCUUUCUCAUCGAUGUGACAACUCUUGGAAAACUUAAGCACGUAGCUACUUAAAGUCACUCGACUUUGCAUAGAAGACAAUUAUUUUUCAUUUCGUGGUAAAUUUUACCCUCAAACAAAAGGAGCACCGAUGGGGAGUCCUCUUUCACCGUUCCUAUGUGAACAUUGUAUGGCACAUUUGGAAAAUAAACUUAAGGAAAAACUCAUUACAAGAUCGGUAGUGGAGGUAUGUGGAUGAUUUUUUUUUGCAUUUUAAAACAGGGGAAUUAAGCAGGUUUACAGAAAUGUAAAUAGUAUUCAAAAAAAUCUGGUUUACUGCGGAAAUUGAACAAAACAACAGGCUCUCCUUCUUCAGAUGUAGUGGUUGUUGAAAACUUCUAACACUUUGAAUUCGAAUUUGACAUAAGAAAGAUUCCCAGCUAAAAAAUUACUAUGUUCCAGAAAGUCGAUUUUUUCGAUUUUUUUUAGAUAAUACCAGUUCUCGACGUAUCGUUCUUUUUUUCAGUGAUGGCAUAAACUCAUGCAAAGUUGAACUGAGUAACACUUUUCCAGAUUUUAAUUCAACUUGAAUCUGCUUCAUCUCGAUAGUUUGAUUUAUUUUUGCACAGCACAUUCUGAUCGAUUGAGUUUAAAUGCAUGCAAUGCAUGCAGUGCACGAUAUAUUCAACGAUGCAGGCGAUGAUGUGACGCGAUAAGUUUUGUUUUUAGAUCGAAAAUAUGUUUUCAAAGGAUGGGUUUUAUGUGCAACCGAGAAUAAAUGAGCGAGCAAGUUUUAAAACUCACUUGGAUACGAGUGCAAAGUAACACUGCCUACCCUGCUGUUUUUUCAUCGAUAUUUUUCAUGAAACUUUGACCGCUUUGAGGCACGUGUUCCCCAAAGUUCGAUUGAGGUGAAAGUUGUUAUGAAGGCUUUUUUCGAGAAGAAGAAACUCAUUGCCGCCCUACAAAACAUCAGCUUCUUAUGCCUGGAUACCGCCAGGCAUGUCUAAACCUACCACAUCACCGCUUGUGUGUUUCAAGCGAUGCCACGGAGGGUAUUUAGAUUGCCUUCAAUGCGUAUACAAAACGAAAACCCCGCAGUGUUCUAGAUAAAACAGCUCUUGUUCGAAAGAUACGGCAAACACAGGCCCGAGUGUUCUUGAUUGCGUGAGCCCUCGGGAGCCCGCAUGCCUACACGUGUUUUCUCAAACGCUUCAUUUUUUCAAAAGUACAUAUGAAAAAAAAUAUUGCAGGUGGUUGUAUGCGAUGGCUAACAUCCAACUAUCCAUUAUUAUUUCAUUGUCAAUCUCUUCGUGGCGACUAAUGCUUGUGUGUUCCCCGAAACUGCGAGCUCUCGGUUGCCUCAUGUGCCGAAGUUAAAAACCCUCGGUUGGCGUGUUUACGAAUGGCUCUCCAGUGUUUUGUCUUGAUCUCGCGACAAAGGGUAAUACGAAAUUCCCUGCGUGGUGUGUUUGUUAGCAGAUGGGACACAUGCGCUUUGGAGUGCUGUGGUUUCUCCAUGCCUGGAUACCGCAGCCGAUAAUUUUGGACAUUCUGCACUUGUUGCGAGACAGAAUUUCUUAUUGAAAAACACGAACUCUUGACUUGCGUGCCGCGAAAGUACUUUACUACGACGUCGCGGUUCUUCUUUCAUCGUGCAAUGUGAACAAACAACAAAUGACAUUGAAUCGACACCAUGCGCAUCAGUUAACCUAUUUAUAAGACGAAAGCUUACACCAAUCCUAAUACAUAGAAUGCACAUGGUACGCUCCUACCUCCUACACAACGAUGAAAAGUUAUAGGUAUAUUCGAACUUAUUGAACAUCUUGUAGUUUAUUUUGGCACCUGGACUAUUUUUUUUUGUUAUUUUCGCUCAUUUUCCGUCGGUCUAGUUCCGUCAGUGUUGUGCCAAUCAUCGACACAAAGAAAUGCGACACCAUCCAGCACCCUAAUCCUCAGAUUGUGUCGACUAGGAUUGAAUCUGGACCAGUUGGGUUCGUUGUAGUGAGGCUUGUAUUCGCAAUAAUCCGGACAUCCAAAAAUGUGAAAGAACACUUUCAAAGUAUUGUUCUUCUUACAUGACUAUUUAUUUCAUAACAAUUGUAUAUGGUUUACAAAUUUAAAACAUGAUUAUUCUCCAUUGAUGUAAAAAUAAGUUGUACAGACAGCUCUGGCCCAGAUUUGAUACAAAAUGUUUGUCAUCUUUGGCAUUCUGCUUCUAUCCGGAAAGCGUCCUCUUCAUCAGAGCCCAAUGAUCUUCGAUUGGGAGUAGCUAUGAACAGUUGGGGGAUUGGCGGUUUUUGGUACAAUAUUGAAAUUAUUGACUUUGUACUACUUCAUCACGAUAUUUAUUGGGGUAGUAGGCCAUUUUUUUUGUCCUGAAAUACUCUUCGAUAUCAUUUCUGGCCAUUGUACUUAGUGCAAUAAUAGCCAGUAAAGCGCUAAUUACGAAAUGACAAAACAAAUGCAAGUAGGUGGAAGUAUAGACCCCCAGCUAUGUUUGAGUGAAAAGAGUCGCUCAUAACUUGAAUAUUGCAAGAUUUACACUGCCGCGCAUAGUGAGUCCGUCCCAUUUGCAUUUUCACCAGAAUUGAGUUAUUAGACGGUAGCUAACUAAGCAUAGAUUCGAUACAAAAGACGAACUCAACAACUUCCUUCUGAAAAACUUCGGGAAAACAUCCAAGCAUGUUGUCCCGUCUCGUAAGAAGCAAUGUUAUGAGAUUAUAUAAAAACGCGUUUUUCUUGGCUUCAUGCUUGUCUUUUCUCCUCAGAAAAUCUCUAGAGUGUAGAAGAACAUACUUGCACUGCGGAAACAACUGCUCUCACACUAAAGAGCAAAUCAACGCACAUGCUAGAAGAAAACGACGGACGAUUUUUAUCUGGCGAGCUUCCAGAAAGCACUGCGGUAGAAUCUGAAAUCUCUCUCUUGCGUGCGAGACCAUGAACUAUGGUGUACUUUCUCACACGUAUGGACAUUACGCACAAUUAUUACACAGCAGAGCUGUCUGCGGUGCUUUUUACAGUUUGUUUCUUGAGCAUGGCAGAAGAGGAAAAGAGAUUGGGAGAAAAAAAUAGACAGCGUUGCUCGUGUCGGUCGAGUUUACUACCCUGGUUGAACUCGUUUCCGCGGUGUAGCUACACGAGAACUACACUUUUGACCGGUGGGUCGCCAGUGAACACUGAGGUGUACUUCUGCGUAUUCUCUGUAGAGUGAUUCACCCCUCUUGUUUCUAACAGAUGUAGGGUGAGCUGGAAGUGUGUUUGUCUCUCUGUAAGUUGGUUGAGACUUGAGACACUUUGGAGUGGAGAAAGAAGUAGUGUUGUGAAAGCAUUGCUGCACGCAGGCACAUACUGAAAGGAAAGAGCGCGGUGAAUUAUUUCUCCGCUCUUUCCACAUACUGAGGAUAAUGACAAGCAUGCUUGGCUUGCUGAAACUGCAAAUGGGACUGAAUUGCUAUGUGCGACAGUACACAGUACCACCACACAACAAUCGACACUCGGCGUUGGAAUUCGAAGGCCACCAGUGUGGUUUGCGGAGACGUUACCAACUACCCUAGACCGACACCCUGGGACGAGUAUUUAUGGUUUUUGAAUUUUUUUUUUACUUCCAUCGUUAUCAUUCUAAAGAAUUUUUAAAUAUCUGAAUGGUAAACGUUUCGUAAUAUCCUAUUUUAAGAGCGUCGAUAACAUUUCUAUUUUAAAAUACUUAUCUGUUUCGUUCUGUUUUUCAAUGUUUAACAAUAUCGCACGCUUAGCCUUGGAACUAAUAGCGGUCUCGAUCAACUAGAUUAUAGUUGAGAGAAUUCGUUAUCGAUAUUGUUUUUGGCACAUUCUGCAUGUGUAGGAUAAGUACAACGUGCACCGUGCCCCAGUGCUGAGUUGAGAAAAUUUUCAGCUCGAAAAGCUCCUUGACUCGAUCGGGAAUCGAACCCGAUAUCACAACCGUGUGGGAGAGCUAGCCGACCGACAUCGCUAACCACAGACCACUUGUUUAAAUAGUACCACAAUGUUUAAAUAGUACCCCAAUACUUUAUUUCUGAUAUCUGUUUGGUAAUUUAAUUAUAGUUCGAUAAUGAUAAUUAAAUUUAAAUUCAUAUUCAAUCUCAUUUUUUCCAGUUCCCUUUUAUUUUUCAUGCUUAAGUGUUCGUGGAUUUUCAUGUUUCAAUUUUUCUUACAUUUUCAAGAUUUCUUCUCCUAUCUUUUAUUGAGUUCCUCGUAAAUGACCACUCCAUGUCGUUUCCAAGCUUUUUGUAUUUCGCUUCAAACUCAGUUUUUCAGGUUAAUGAUUGUGAGCUCCCGAUGAAUUUUUGCUAGCUUUUUACAGCCAAUACGGUUUCGCAAAUCAUUUCCGGAAAGGCAACGAUACUGCUCAGUAUAAUGUGAUUUUUUUCACAUCCAUAAAAGCAUUUUCAACCCAAAUUACGCUGAUGCCGGGUUCCCAAGGAAAUUUACUAAAUUACUUCGCAGACCUUGCGACACAACAUUAACUGAGUUGUAAAAUAGUAAACAUAGAAUGGCACAUGGCGUUAGCUUCUCAGUCUGCCUCGCGGCCUCGUUAUGAUACCGGGGUACAACAGAGUUCAUUGAAUAUUUUAUUAACCGAUUUCCUUCGAUUUGACGGUAGGUAUACAUGCGCUUCGCUGAAUUUACACCAGGUCCUUACCCGCUUUAAACUGUCAACCGCCGCUCAAUCGCAAGGGACCGGUUCACAAGUUCCACCAAAGUUUGCUUCUUGUAUCUUUUUCAGACCGGUCGGCGACCGACGGACGGAAGAUGAUUGUUCACAGAAAUUUACGAUGCUAUUUUAUGUGGCCCCAUUUGAGCGACGAUCCCUUCGCUACGCUCAUAAAUUGGCGUUUCCAACAUCUCAUCAUGUUAAUAAUUGAUGCUUUUACUGUAGGUUCAAUUUGGAACAGCAGUAUGUUUAA